GCAUAUAUGACAGGGGAAUGUGUGGAAGGCCUCACGACAUUUCACUCAGCAGAAGAAACGUCGUGCGGCAACAAUGGAUGUGCUUGUAGACAUAUGGAAUGGCACACACUAUGUAUUCGCAGAUGAGCACAUCCCGUCCAUCCUGUCGUACAUGGAGGACAAGGGGAUCGGGGACGCAAGAGCAGUUGCCGGCCAUUCCCCGCCACGAGUGCUGCCAUCCGCUGCACCCAGGGACGAGGUGCAGGACGUCCUCGACGAGGCAGAGGAGUGUGAGAUGAGAGGGCAGGGGCACGACGAGGGAGGUUUGUCAGGCAGCGUGGACUUGGAGGGCGAGGAGGCGGUCUUGACGUCACGCGGGGCAGGGCGGAAGGACACGGGGAAGAGGAAGGCGGUGGACAUCGUUGACGUUUUACCUGCGUCGGGGAAGAGGGUCCGGCAGAGUUGGAUCGAUGAGGUUUACGACACGGAGAAACAGUCUCACUUCAGCAACAAGUUUCUCCAGUGGGUGUACGAUGCAGGCAUUGCGUUCAAUGCCUUCAGGAGACCGUCUUGGAGGGAGGUUAGGAAGGCAGCUGAAGAGAUGCCUCGAGGUUUGCGGAUGCAAUUUCCAUCGUUCAAGGAAAUCGGCGGCCGGGGUGUGCCUUCGCAGAGGGCGAAGGUCGUACGCUAAGAUCAAUUUACAUAUUUCAUGCAAUUCCUUUGUUUAUAUGUAUUUUAUUUGAGUUUUUAUGUGUGAUUAUGAACAAACAAAUUAUUGUAUA